AGCUGACUCCUCCUCGGCUCCCCCCGCCCCCCACUACUCUCUGCUCUGGAAAUUACAACUCCUUAGCACGCCCAGCGGGGAGGAGGCGGCGGCAGGAGGGAGGCGGGGAGGGGAUUCCCGAGCCAGCCGGGCACUCGCCCUCCGCCCGCUGGCUGCAGCGUCGCGCGGCCAAGGUCAGAGGCGCCGCAGGAGCGGCAGCAGCGAACCAAGGAAGCUGGUCAAUUCUUGCCGCGGGGGAGAAAGCCCAGGGCGCAUUUGGUUCGCACCAGCAGCCACCGGGGAGGACGGCGAGCGAAGGUCUCCGAGCCGGCCGGGCCCCGCAGAUACAGUCGCUGGAGCUGCGACCCUGCACGCCAGGGGGCUGCCCCUCAGUCCGCGCGCGAGGAGCUGGGGCUCCUCCUCAAGCUCUGGGCGCUGUCCGUCGCCUCGUGGUGCUGAACCUAGCCCCACGGCCAAGCGGCCUGCUCACCCGCCUUCUCACCUACUGAUCGCUCUGAUUGGGGCGGGGCAGGGGCAAAAGGGAGCCCCUGAGAAGCUGCCCACUGGAGAAGAGGGGUUGAAACAGAACAGCUAGGAAACGGCAGCCCGGCCGCUGGUCCUGAUGUGCAGAGGAGACGCGCGCCGCAGCCGGCGGCGGCGCUAGUGCUGAUUCAUCACCUAGAGCGCCUCACAGGCCAUCACGAGGGCAGCCGUCUGGCUCCGGACUCUGACCGCAGGUUGAAGCCGCUGGCGCAGAAGCCUCGCGGGCAGGAGGUGAGGACCCCCUCCCUUCUCUUGCCCCCAGUGGUCCUAGGGCGGUGGCCCCAGGACAGAGAGAGGGGCGUGCCCCCGGGCUGUGAAGUGGUCAUGCCUGUGUAAUGCCCUCGCUUGCAGUCUUUCCGGUGCUAACCACGCUUGGUUCCCUCCGCCUGUCUCUGGAGCUUGGGUCGUUCCACCUCCCAUACUGAGCAGCUCGGUCUGCCCGCGCCGCGAUGGAGGAGGAGCUGAAGUGCCCCGUGUGCGGCUCCCUGUUUCGGGAACCCAUCAUCUUGCCCUGUUCCCACAACGUCUGCCUUCCUUGCGCUCGUACCAUCGCCGUGCAGACACCGGACGGUGAGCAGCACCUGCCCCAGCCGCUCCUGCACUCCCGGGGCUCGGGGCUACCGGCUGGCGCAGCAGCGGCGCCCCCUCUGGACCACGACGCAGCAGCUGGCCAGGCCUGCAGCGGCACGAGCGGUAGCGCAGCUGGCGGCCUGGGCGGCGGCGCGGGAGGUGGAGGGGACCACGCGGACAAGCUGAGCUUGUACAGUGAGACGGACAGUGGUUAUGGUUCCUACACCCCGAGCCUCAAGUCCCCCAAUGGGGUUCGCGUGCUGCCCAUGGUGCCUGCACCACCUGGCUCCUCGGCCGCCGCGGCCCGGGGUGCCGCCUGCUCCUCGCUGUCCUCGUCCUCCUCAAGCUCUAUCACGUGCCCGCAGUGCCACCGUAGCGCUUCCCUGGACCACCGAGGCCUGCGCGGCUUCCAGCGCAACCGGCUGCUCGAGGCCAUCGUGCAACGGUACCAGCAGGGCCGCGGGGCCCUGCACGGGGCUUCCGCAGCCGCUGCAGUGGCCAUCUGCCAGUUGUGCGACCGCACCCCACCGGAGCCCGCCGCCACGCUAUGCGAGCAAUGCGACGUGCUCUACUGCGCUGCCUGCCAGCUCAAAUGCCAUCCAUCCCGCGGACCCUUCGCUAAGCAUCGCCUGGUGCAGCCGCCGCCUCCGCCCGCGCCCGCGGAGGCCGCCUCAGCAUCCCCAGGCGCAGCCCAGGGCGCCCCCAGCGGAGGCGGCGGCUGCAAGAGCCCGGGGGGCGCAGGAGCGGCUGGGGGCAGCGCGGCCCGCAAGUUCCCUACGUGCCCCGAACACGAAAUGGAGAACUACAGCAUGUACUGUGUGAGCUGCCGAACCCCGGUGUGCUAUCUGUGCCUGGAGGAGGGCCGUCACGGCAAGCACGAGAUGAAGCCACUGGGAGCCAUGUGGAAACAGCACAAGGCCCAACUGUCCCAGGCCUUAAAUGGGGUUUCCGACAAGGCGAAAGAAGCAAAGGAGUUUCUGGUGCAGCUGAAGAACAUUCUGCAGCAGAUUCAGGAAAACGGACUGGACUACGAAGCCUGCCUCGUCGCUCAGUGUGAUGCGCUAGUUGACGCUUUAACUAGGCAGAAAGCCAAGCUGCUCACCAAGGUCACCAAAGAGAGGGAGCACAAGCUGAAGAUGGUUUGGGACCAGAUCAAUCACUGCACACUGAAGCUGCGCCAGUCGACGGGGCUGAUGGAGUACUGCCUGGAGGUGAUCAAAGAGAAUGACCCUUCUGGGUUCCUACAGAUCUCGGACGCCCUGAUCAAGCGUGUCCAGGUAUCUCAGGAGCAGUGGGUCAAGGGCGCCCUGGAGCCAAAAGUAUCUGCGGAGUUUGACCUGACCUUGGACAGUGAGCCGCUGCUGCAGGCCAUCCACCAGCUGGACUUCAUCCAGAUGAAAUGUAGGGUGCCACCUGGCCCCCUGCUGCAGCUGGAGAAGUGUUGUACCCACAACAACAGUGUCACGCUGGCAUGGAGGAUGCCGCCCUUUACCCACAGCCCCGUGGACGGCUACAUCCUGGAGCUGGAUGACGGCGACGGGGGCCAGUUCCGGGAAGUGUAUGUUGGCAAAGAGACCUUGUGCACCAUCGACGGCCUGCAUUUCAACAGCACCUACAAUGCCAGGGUCAAGGCUUUCAAUUCCUCUGGCGUGGGGCCUUACAGUAAAACAGUCGUCCUGCAGACGUCUGACGUGGCCUGGUUCACCUUUGACCCCAACUCUGGGCACCGGGACAUCAUUUUAUCCAAUGACAACCAGACGGCCACCUGCAGCAGCUAUGACGACCGGGUGGUGCUGGGCACGGCGGCUUUCUCCAAGGGCGUGCACUACUGGGAGCUGCACGUGGAUCGUUACGACAACCACCCAGACCCCGCCUUCGGGGUGGCCAGGGCCAGCGUGGUCAAGGACAUGAUGCUGGGCAAGGACGACAAGGCCUGGGCCAUGUACGUGGACAACAACCGCAGCUGGUUCAUGCACUGCAACUCCCACACCAACAGGACGGAAGGCGGUGUGUGCAAGGGGGCCACUGUCGGCGUGCUCCUGGACUUGAAUAAGCACACUCUGACCUUCUUCAUCAACGGGCAGCAGCAGGGCCCCACAGCCUUCAGCCAUGUGGAUGGGGUCUUCAUGCCAGCCCUCAGCCUCAACCGCAACGUGCAGGUCACCCUGCACACAGGACUGGAAGUGCCAACAAACCUGGGGAGGCCCAAGCUGUCAGGCAACUAGCCUCCCAGAUCCAGCUGUUCACCGGCAUCUGGGAAAAGCCCCACCACGCCUCACUACGUUCAAAGAACCCAUGAGGGUAGGACGAUGAUGUCACUGAGUAUCUUAGAGACAUGUUUUCUUUGGGAGAUGCAGAAUAGGUCUGCAAGCCAUGCUUGUUGAGGCAACUGGUUAAACUGGCCACUUGUGGAAGUGACUACUGGUCCAUGGUGAACAUGGGUGUGUAUGUCCCUUUCCUUCCUCCUGGACAUUGCAGAUACUCCCAAAGAAGGACCUUUCUAAAGGGAGUGAGAAAGCAUCUGGGGUUUCUGAUGAUGUUUCCUGCCAUCUGUUUUCAAAGCUUGCUUUUGUGGGAAGGGACGAGCAUGAGGGCAGACGGGCAUCCUGAGAGUAGGAGGCCAGGAAGACGCUUCGGAAUCCCAUGGCCCAAGGGUUGACCCUUUGCCGGGACACCACUCAGUCCCAAGGCUGCAGGUUCUCAUCUUCUCCAGGAAAUGUUAUCCUAUUGCCUCUUGGUCCUGGAGUCUCCACUGUGUUAUGCCCUUGCAAACCUAAUCCAGGGUCGAUAGCAAGGGGCACUAAUUUUGACCUUCACCACUCCCAUCGAACUGUUGAGAACCUUAAAAUGGUUUCCUUUGGUCCUUCAUUAAUCACCCAGUCUCUCUGUGUCUUUCUCUCUUUCUUUCUCUGUCUCUCUCUGUCUGUCUCUUUCUCUCUUGCACACACACACAUACCCACCCACACACACAGUCUGCUAAAAUUCAUUCAUUUAGUUCUUAGUUCUUAAACAUAAAGGAAAACACUGACAUUGGAAUGAUAGUGUGAGGAGUCUUCACCUGGUGGCUCUUUCUGGAACUGCAAGCCUGUCUGAGUUGCUCUCUUCCAGAGGGGGCCCCUCCCAGACUCAUAGCACACAAGAUUCGAGGCCCUGGGGAAACCUCUUAGAGCCGCCUACCUUUGCUUGGAGACCACCCUACUGUCAUCCUGAAAGCAGGAGGUGACCCCAAGGGCAGGGGUGGCUCUGCCCUGGGGGUGGGGGUAAGGGGGAGAGGCAGGUCCUCUGAAGAAGGCAGGAAACAGCAAUAUCAGCGUGUUCCUCGCCCCCCAGCUUGGGUGUGCAGGUCUGAGAGGCCCAGGCCUCCUUGCUGGGAAUGCAAACCUUCUCCCUGGAGAUGCUCACAAGUCAUUUGUAUCUCUCGGAAAGAGAGUUGGUUUUCAGGGCUCUGAGCCUGGAGCCUGCCUUGGUCCUGUCCCCAGAGCACCUUCCUGUCCCUCCUUUUUUUCUUCCUUGUCACCUGCCACCUCCAUUUUCCAUCUGGUGGUGAAACGUUCUCUCUCCUUUUUGAAAGAAUAUAUUUUAUCAAGCAUUUUAUUUUGUCCACUUGCUGGAUCGGAUUUUUAUAAAACUUAGCCGGUAAACCGGCAGCAACUCUGUUGACUCGGUUCUACCUGCUUGUUCAGACGCUGCCCAUGCUUUCUGAGUCACCCCGGCCAAAGCUGUGUAGACCCUGCCCCUAGCAGCAGAUCCGACAAUCCUACCUCAGAGCCCGCGCCCUUGGACCGCAAGGCUGCCUUGUCCCUGCCUUGUGGGCAGGUGUGGCCGCUAGCCCAGCUGCCCGGGGCCUUCAGAAGCUGCUUGGUGCUGUCGAAGCCUCCGUGCCCCGGUCCUGGCAGCCACCUGCCGGGGGAGCUGAGGUCUUGCCUCUUCGUUCUCCGCCUGCUGCGUGGUUCCCUGGGUGCACAGGGGUGCUUCUUGUCCUGUCCCGGAGCUCCGCCAGAUCCCCCCAGCUGCCGGGGAGGUCCCGCCUGGGCCCCAGGCUGCCACCUGUCCUCCUGGCAGCUGCCUCUCUCCUCUUUGCUUCCACUUGCCUUUGGUUUCACUCCUUAGCCAUAGCUCCGGGUGGACUCAGCUUGGAAGGUGGGGAGGAUUCCUAAAGAUGCAGAGGAGCCACGGCCUUCCUGGGGCGGAUGGAGCGUGGCCCGUGGGUCCAGAUGUAUCGGCUGUGGGAGAAGAAGGAGCAGCGCCCUGGGGGUGACACCAGGAGUGAGUGCGGCCGGGAAGACGGCGGUGACUUUCUGCCAUGGGGUCCGGAUGAAAGGCUGGGAAGCAUCCAGAACCCCCGAAGCUGGCCCUGGCUCUGGAUCACUGGAGAGGAGCUGCUCAAGGUCAGGUGGACUUGGUGACACCCUCAGGACAGCUAGCGCCUAGGUCAGAGGGAGACGAACAGGGAGAAGGGAAGGUCCCACAAUGGCAGGGAUCUCUUUAGGAAAUAAAAGGUGAUUUUCCAGAAGGAAGCUGCCAGAACUCCCCCACCCCCACUUUUGCAGCAGUCCCCAGCCCCAGGAGGCCCUGUGAGUGCCCGGGACAGGCACCUUUCUACCUUUGCCUACUCCUCCAGGAGCCCAGAAGCAAUACGGCCCAUCCCAGGACCAUCUCAGGCUGUCCUUAAGCCACCUCUCCUGUCCUCAGCACAAAACACCUUUCAGGGACAAGAACGGACUGAAGAGAGAAGGCAGGUCUGUGCCACACACCUGUGUUUUUGAGGGAUUAGCCAACGAAGAAGGAAUCAUCAACAGCCCAUGGCUUUACGUCACCCUCCCCGGAAGCCCCUGGGGUUUGGAGUAGAGGCGACAGGUCAUGGGUUUCUCAUCCGCCAUCGAAUUCCCUGUCCCUUUCCAACGAACGUGGUAGCAUUUUUGUACAUAAAAUUAUAUCAAGACGAUGCUUUUGUUGCGCUGUCUGAGGAAUAACUUGGUGUUUGUCUAUUGAGCAGUUUCAGUGAGAAAGGAAUUCAAAGUAACUUAAAAUGUCACGUUCCAUUGCCUUGUAAAUAAUGCCUCCUUCACGUAAUUCUGCAGUUUGUUCUUUGCUAGUGAGCAAGUUUGGUCAAAGUGUAUGCCUUUCCUUUUAGAAUUAAUCCUUUUUAAAAGUGUCCAAUAGCAACUCACUGCAUAGCAUCCUAGCUCCUAAGUCAAACCAAGGUAAGGUAUCACACACAGCCCCGCAUCCCCUUCUCUGUCCGGUUCGGGAAGAUAAUGAUUCUAAUUAGAGUGGACAUCAGUAAUCCUGACCCACAAGGUAACUGACCUGAAAGCUAUAAAACUGUAUAUAGUUCUAGGCUGAAUCUUCAGCCCUGUGUGAACUCUGUAGUUGUGACAGCACCCUCAGGUGCCCCGUGCCCAUUGAGAGGGAGGAGGAUGGGGAGUGAGCCUGGGGAAGAACCGUAGCUCACCAGGGGCCAUGGCCACAGGCCCAUCCUCCUUGCUCAUGGCGCCCGGGAAUGCCUCCCCACUUCUCUGUCCACCAGAGCACUCUCAGGAAAGGAGCAGAACGCAGGUUCUGUGUGUCCUUCUUCUGGAGAUAUUUGCAUUUUAGCCUUAAUUCUGGUUGCAAGUGAAAGGCUUGGGCCCCUGUGAAGGCGUGUUUCAGCAGCUCUUACACAAAGCUGUUGCUGGUCCGUCCCGUGACCACCUGCUCAUGGUGAGAGAGUGAGGGUAGGGAAGAGCCCUGGGGGCUCGGCAUGUGAAUGCUGGAAAACAGUACUACAAGGUGCAUGGAUGAUGCCAGGUGCCUCCACUUCUGCUCUACUGACGUUUCGGGGUGGGUAACUCUUACUGUUGUGAGCUCUCCUGUGCUCGGUAGGGUGGCUAGCAACACCCUCGGCCUUGACCCAUGAGAUGCCAGUAGCAACCCCAGGUUCGCUGUGACAACUGAGCAUCUACAGACAUUGCCAACUGUCCCCUGGGGGACACCCUGGGCUGAGAAUCACGAGGUUAUGCUACUGGUUUGUCAUACGUCCGUAUGCAGUGUGAUGUGUAAGCAUCCACCUCAGUGUCAGACAGAAAGCCUGUAUCACAAGGCUGUGGGCCUUCAUCUCAACACCCAAGCCCAGGAUUAUCCAUAGGUCUGCAGUGUUCCACCGGCUGGGGAAGGUAGGGGAAGAUGGGGUGAACCAGAAGCAGCGGCCAAGCUGUCAGGUCUCACUUUGUAUCCUGCAGAGGCCCCCCACACCACACCCCCAUUCCUAGAAGGCAAAACUUGUUACCUUAUUUUUCCUUGGCCACGUUUGACUGGAAGCAACAGGAACUCCUUAAUGGAUUUGCGACCUUUAUCUGGUUUUAAAAAUGGAAUCAGAUCUCCUUAGAAGAUAUUUAAGGCCUGUGCUGAUUCCAGGAAAUCUCCACUUUUGCAAGUAAGCCAGUAGCUGUGUUCAGGGAUCACAUUCCUUGGCAAGCUCUCCUUGGCGAGAACAAGAUCCUGGUGGCUUUCACUUUCGGUGGACUGUAAAAUAGGUAAGACUAGGUUUGGGGUAGGAUGUGUUGAUCAGACACAAAGUUCAGCCCUUAGAAACUCAUCUCUUUUUACCCUGGCUCUGAUAUUGGCUCAGGGCAUGGGUGUGGGCAAACGUCUUAAAUCUUUCCAUGCUUCCGUAUCCCCACCCGAAAAUGGAACGAGUCAUACUAACCUACCUCCUCUGAUAUAUUGAGAGGAUUCAGAAUAACAUUUUUUAAGGGAAAAAAAUAUAUAGUCUUUCAUCCAUUGAGUCUAGACUACUGGUUCCCAUUCAGUGAAUCAAGCCCAUGUGGUGACUUUCCAGAAUGUUCUCUGACCACAGACAGUGUCUUCCAUCCAAGCCUCUUAGGACCAGGAGCAUGUAUUUAUUACACUGCUGCCUGGCCUUGAGGAGGGAAAACUGACAUUUAACAUAGGCUUCACAUAACCAUACAAAGCAACACAACACGCAAAUGUUCCCAUUGCCAGUGAGGCCUGUUUCAACGGUACUUUCUGUACAAAGUGCUGUAAACAGGCUGCGUAUCAGCAUUCUCAUUGUUAGUCCCCAUAAAACCUGGAAAGAGGUUAACCUGCCUUUCUGCCUCCUCGGUCACCUUAAGUUCUAGUAUCUAAGGUGUCCCCUGACCCUUAGUGUAACUCCAUUGUCUCCCAAGAUGUCAGCAGGGGAGCAGCUGUGAGAACCAGUAUCUAAGAGUAGGGCAGGAGACACCUGCUGGGUGGUCAUCACAGCCCUGGGACUUCACUUGCGCUACCUGCUAAGGGCGGGGGGGUUUCCUGGCUUUCUCAGUGAAUGAAGUUGAUUUCAGUUGGGUUGGGAGUUGAGACCUUACUGGAGUCUCGUCUGGAGGCAUCACUCUUCUCUCAAAGAGUGCAGCUCAUGGAGGGCGCAGGCUGCCCACCCGAGUCCUGGAGAAGACCCUGGCAAGGUGGGCACCACUCCUCAGGCCAGGCCCUCAGGCAGGCUCUGAGGAGAGUCCAAAAAACAGACUUCAGGUUUGGAAGUGACUGCUCGUGGCUGCGGAAGCGGAAAAAUGGCGGGUGUCCUUUGAGUGAGAGCCCAGCCCAGGGCCGGACCUUUCCAGCUCCUCCCACACCUGGUGACUGGGCGUCCCAAGCCCCCGGCUUCCUCAGCACCAAGAGGAAGUGCGGAGUGAGCAAGCACAAGUUAAAUGCAUGAUGCAGAAUUGCUGCUUUCCCACUGAACUGUGUAUUAAGCAUGAGCAAUUUGUUUAACGUUGGCAAAAGGAAUUUAAAAAGUUUGUGUCCUUGUUUUGACUGUCCACAGAACUUCCAUGUCCCUGCCUUUCUUUACCCGUUUUCUCCCUCCCCUCCCCCACCAUCGCAUCCACUUCCUGUGAGAGUUGUUGGUAUAUGGUGGCAGCUCUUGGUCCUGUUGGUGUUCAUGUCCCACUGGAAACACGGGGAGGGGGGAGGGGGGCGUUGGGGAGGUGGGGAGGAAAGCAACUUUUUUCUAAUUUUUGUAUUGGUACCCACACGCGUUUGUAUUUUUUGAAUUGCAAACACUGUGUUUUCUGGUCUUUGGGGGUUGGUUGGACUUUGUGUAUUGCCUUUUGGAAAACCUGAGUUUUAUCACAGUCUUAAGCAGAUUUGAAAUAAAUUCUUUUGACA